AACUCCGCACGAUCUAAACCUUAUUGAAACAGGUUAAAACGGAUCCGAGGAAGAAUGCUUCUGCUCCGCGAGAUGGCCAUCAUCGCAAUAAGGAAAAAAAACGGGAGUGUCCAUGAAGUCGGGUUGGGUGAUGCGCGAUUAGCGCGCUAUUGCCUACGACCUUAGGAUAGCUUUAUAGCGGGGAAGGGAGGCGGGGUUCAUCAUCAGUUGUGGUUAGUGUCAAUUUGGCGGUGAAAAACCCGCCCGUGGAGAGUGGGGGAGAUGCAUACGGGAUGAAGUAUAAGCCGACGAGCAUGAAUUGCGUUGUUUGGCUGCUUCGUCGAGCGUGAGCGGGGACGUUGCGGGAGAGUAAUGCUGCUCAAGUUCCAUUCUCGGGUUUUCGACUUCGUUUCAUACACCGAGGUGCCGUCUGCUGCCCUGUCCUUCCACGGGCUUCGAUAUCGUAAGGUUCACCUGAAGAAGCUUCGGCCUUUCCAUAUGCUGAAUUAUGCUUUCUGUCAGGGCCUCUCAUGUUUGUGAUUGCGGUUAAUCGGCUAUUUUUAGUACUGUGAAACUUUAUCGUCCGAUACCGAUGCAUUCAGCAAAUAUGAUUCGAUAAAGCGUGUCGCAUCACACCAAAACAACGCAAAUGAGUGGCCAGCAGUUCCACAUCAUGGCGUAACGAGUGAUGUGUUGUGUUUACUGUUCGUCAAACGGUCGGCUUCGUCUCGGUUGACGUUCUUCUUAAUUACUUGGUUGGACAAAAGCUUUUGUUAUUGCUUGACAUAAUCUCGUGAACGUACGCCCACGACAGCUGUUCUCGCUUGCCUACCUUUCGAUUUUUGACUCAAGUACGCUUCCGCGGUUCGUCCCCCUUCCACUCGCACUGCCAUAAGCGUCUUCGCAUCUCCGCGAGAAUUGCUCAAUUUUCCCUUCUCCCACAUCCUCUCAAGCAUGGGUCAGUCAUUUUCCGCCAUCGCACUGAACGUUCUCAAGUACGGUGGCCUGGCCUCACUUCUUGUCACACUCCUCACACUUGGCCUUUUAUACUCGUACCAGACGAGCAUUAUUUAUCCCAGUUCGUUCCCCAAGGGCUCUCGGACCAAUGUUCCUCUUCCCAGCACUUACAAUCUCAAGUAUGAGCGUCUUUCGUUAAAAACGCGUGAUAAGCAAACGUUGGACUCUUUCCUUAUGCUUCAGGAACAUGACCCUGAGUCUCGUCCUACGCUCUUGUACUUUCACGCCAAUGCCGGCAACAUGGGUCAUCGCUUGCCCAUUGCCCGUGUAUUCUACACGGCUCUUAACAUGAACGUGUUCAUCAUCUCCUACCGUGGUUAUGGUAAGAGCACAGGAGUCGCGAGCGAGAAUGGCCUUCAAAUCGAUGCUCAGACUGCACUUGAUUUCUUAAAAGACCAUCCUGUGUGCUCCAAGACCAAGAUUGUUGUUUAUGGCCAGUCCAUCGGUGGUGCCGUUGGCAUUGCCCUGACAGCAAAAAAUCAGGAUUCAGUUUCGGCCUUGCUGUUGGAAAACACCUUUUUGUCCAUUCCCGAUAUGAUCCCUACCGUCAUUCCUUUUGGUGCGCCCGUUUUGUCUCGUUUCUGCACUCAACGUUGGCCUUCAAAAACGCGCAUUAAGAAGAUCGACAAGGUGCCUGUCUUAUUUUUGUCUGCUGAAAGUGAUGAGCUCGUACCACCUAGCCACAUGAAACUUCUUUUCGCUGCCUCAAAGUCGCCAAAGAAGCAGUUCAGAUCCUUCCGCAAUGUUCACCACAACGAUACCUGUUUGGCUCAGGGCUAUUUCCAAGUCAUUGCCGACUUUUUGCAGACAAACGAUGUUCUUAAACUGACCGCUUAAUUCGCAUGGCCUUUGCCGAAACAUAAUUGUUACGACGUACGCUAUUCUUUCUCUUUGGUCAGAGUGUUAGGAAUAGUCCAGCUCGCCUGUAGCCGACAGGACACACAUCCCCCUGCUGGCUUUUGUCUUUCUUUUCUGUUUCCUCCUUCUUUUCUCUCUUAUUGUUCCCUUGAUUUAUAUGCUGGUAACGAUCAAGAGCCCCUCUUUGGCACAACGUGGUUCUUGGGUAUCCCUAAUUCUUAUUUGAUUUUAACUGGUCACAAGUAAAAAAACAAAUGGCUAUUAAAAAUAUACACAAAUCAUAAAAGGGUAUCUCAAAA